GAUGGAUAAUAUAUACAAAUUCAAGGCGAGCUCUUCGGUGGGACAUCUGAAGAAUUUGAAUAAUGAUAAAUAGUUUUAUUCUGAAGAGGAAACUAGUAAAAAGGAAGAGGAGGAGAAAUAGCUGAAAAAAGUUAGCAAACCUCCUAGUAAAAUGUCUCAAUUCAGUAAAAAUGCCACAGGGUACUAAACUGAUGAUUCUGAUAAAGAGACGCCUCGAAAUAAUAAAGUAGGACCAUCAAGUAAAAUAAUCAUAAAAAAUGUUAGAUCAGAAAGUCUCUAAAUUUCGUAAUCUUGUGAAUACAAAAAAAAUAGAAGGAGACAAUGAUGAUCCAAAUUAUGAUGAUGAUGAUGACAAACCAACAACUAUCUAAUAGCAAAUGUAACAUGUACAAUAAUAAAAUGAUGAUUAAUAUGAUAUAGAGUAAUAAGCCAAAUAGAUGCAGUAAAAAUAUGCAAAAGCAGAUAAACCAAAAGAAUAAAAGAUGAAGUAUAUAUUAUAUAUGAUGUUCAUAUAGACAUUCUAACACACAAUAACCUAUGGAUGUUAAUUCUGAUGUUGAAUAGAUGAAAAACAAAUAAUAAUAGGAAGGAAAAUUGAAGAAUCAUCCAUUUAGACAUUUGAUAUAUGGUCCAAGUAUUGGUGAGAAUUCGUUUAAUAAAUUUUUAUAACUCACUUAAAGAGGUUUAGUAUAUGCUAAGAAAUGUCUAAAAGGUCCUUCUGAUAAAUUUAUUAAGUCAAAAAUGGUUUAAUUACCAGAAUGCAUAAUUGUGAAACCAAAAACUUUAUUAUUGGAUUUGGAUGAAACCUUGAUUCAUAGUUGUUCUUUAAGAGAAAAUCCAUAAGUUACAGUUACUGCCUUUGGAGAUUAUGGUGAAGAAGCUAAAGUAAAAUUGUUAUUCAAUAUAUUUAGAUUCAUUUCAAUAUUAGACCAUUUUGUGCUUGGUUUUUAUAAUAAAUGAGUCAAUUGUAUACUAUAUAUGUUUUUACUGCCUCUUCAUCUGCUUAUGCUAAUGCUAUAGUGAAUUAUUUGGAUCCAAAAAGACAAUGGAUUCUAGGAAUUCUAUCUCGUGGAAAUUGUAUGGAAACUAAGAAUGGUUUCUUUAUUAAGGAUUUGAGAAUUGUUGGGAAUAAAUAAUUGAAGGAUAUGGUGAUUGUUGAUAAUUUGGCUCAUUCUUUUGGAUUCUAAAUAGAAAAUGGUAUUCCAAUAUUGGAAUGGCAUAAUGAUUAGAAUGAUUAAGAACUUAAAUAUUUGGCUACUUAUUUAAUGGAAGCAGCUGAUUAAGAAGACAUAAGAGUAUUUAAUACAUAGAGAUUAAAAUUAGAUCAACUUAUAGAAUAUAGUUUAGAAUGA